AUGGCGUCAACCUUGGAAGAACUUCAAGAUUUAUCAUUGAAUUCAUACGAUACGGCAUUAUGUAUUAUUCCUCCUGCCCAUUUUUCUCAAGAAAUCAAUCGACUACGAGCCCUAUAUGACAAGGCCUAUGAGAAAUGGCCACCGCAUAUUAAUCUUAUCUACCCGUUUGUGAAUCCCGAAACAUGGCCUCAUGUUGCUGAGCUGGUACGCUCGGUACUGGUCAAACAUAAGACGGGGCCGUUUCUGUUCGAAUUGGACAAGGCGGGUUUCUUUACACACAAACGUCACCGCACAGUUUACUCAACCAGUAGUGGGAAAUGCUGUGAAGAAGUCAAACUCAUUCGCAGACAUGUUCUGUCUGCUCUUGGUCAAGUGGACACUCAUUUCCAGCCACACUUGACAAUCGGGCAGAGCGAUGCGCAUGAUGAAUCGGGCCUAGAAUUUCUCAUCUCCAAGGUCAACCUAAUCCCCCGAGUGGAAUGGCAAGUGUCUGAGAUCGUUAUUUUGAAACGCGAAAGGACAACCGCAUUUAGCUCUACAGUCAAUCACAUGAGGGUUUGGGGAAACCUCAACCUCUCUGAUGAAUAUCUACUAACCUUCCCGGACGAGCCGCAUUUUCCAAACAACAUUGUAAUCACGUCAGAUACUACUCGGUCGGAGAGUACAUACCAAUUUGUUUCAACGAGCUCGGAUCAAACAGAUGCACGUUGGGAGCGUAUCGAGUCAAAUAGUUACUCCGGUGAAACAAGACAGACUCGACAGUCGUUUAGUCUAUCGUCCUAUAACGUUCUUGCUUAUACGGAUCAACAUUCAUCAAUCGAGCGCUAUUCCGUCAUACUAAGUAACCUACUGGAUGGAUCUAGUACCGCUGAUAUCUUAGUGUUACAAGAAGUCUCCGAUAGCUUCCUAAGUUUCUUGUUACAAAGUGAUAAGAUACGAGUCCGAUAUACCUUCAGUAGUCACGGCCCACCUGAGCAACGUGACAUUGGGCCUCUACCAAGCCUCCGCAAUAUCGUCGUUUUGAGUCGUUGGAGGUUUCGAUGGGAAUGGCUAAAGUUCGAGAAGCCGCAUAAGGGGAGUAUAAUCCUUCAAUUAGAAGACAUAGGAACUCUCCGUGGCACCAGAUUUCUACCUCUAAUUGUGGCCGGAGUGCAUCUGACAUGUGGACUCACCGAUGCAUCUAUCUCUGCAAAGCACGCUCAAGUCCGGACUGUCAUUGAACAUUUACAGACUCAGUACCGGGAUCACAACUGGAUCAUUGCAGGAGAUUUCAAUAUACCCUCUUCAUCUCGCACAAUCGAUGUUGCUCUGAAAAGGAACUCAAUCACAGCAAGAAGUGCGGCAACACUACUAGGCUUGGAUAGGCUCUUUGCAGAGUCGAAACUUACGGAUUGUUAUUUCGAAAGCCGGAUCACUGGAACGUAUUCGGCGGAAGAAACUAUGCUUCUCGCGGAAGAUUUGCGGACUAUAUAUGAAGGAGAAGAAGGCGCUACAUACGAUCCUGUCAAAAACGGUCUUGCUGCAAACAUUUCCAAGAAAAGCUUCCACUCUCGACCACAAAGGUAUGAUCGUAUUUAUACCAAAGGUGAAGGAUUUCGAGUGACUGGUUUCAAUCUGUUUGGUUUUCCAAACGAAAAGAGAGAAGGACAGCUAGGGAGCGAUCACUGGGGAAUUCGAGCCACAUUGGUCUUAGAUUCUCCUACUCUAAGCGACAUGUCUGGAGAGCCCGAUGUUGCUAUACCAUUCAAGACAGGGCCACGAACCCUUGCUAGUGACAUCCAUUUCAACACUAUACUUCACGACUUCGAUAUGUUGCCUUCAGAGGUAGAAAUUGCUCAUCGUCAGCAGAUGUUUGAACUGAUAAGAAGUGCGGUUAAACAGCAGGCUAUCGGCACCUCUGUUGAAACCAGAUUGAACAUUUCUUUCGUUGUGGUGCCUGUUGGUUCCUACGCAUCGGGCGUAUGGGAUCCUUCGUCGGAUAUCGAUUGUCUUGUUAUUGGGUCUAUAAGCCCGAAGACAUUUAUGGCUUUGAUGGUUCAGAAGUUGCGCCGUCCUGAAUGGCAGGAGAUCCACAUCCUCAGAAAAGUCAAAGCAACAUCUGGAACAAUGCUGGAAAUACAAGCUGGGGGGGUUCGAUUUGAUCUACAAUAUUGUGCGGCAACUAGCGUGACAGAGAGCUGGCCGAAAGCCCUGACUUUACCUUCGUCUGAUCCAACAUUCGACUUACCCAUGCAGUCUCUUCUAAAACUGAAUUCCCAUCGAGAUCUUGAGUAUCUUCAACGUACUAUUCCUGAUCUUGCAACCUUCCGCAAGGCUUAUCGGUUUAUAAAAGCUUGGGCAAAAUUUCGUGGAAUCUAUUCAUCGAAACUUGGUUAUUUGGGGGGUAUUCAUAUUACUCUUCUUCUUGCUCGAGUUUGCAAGCUCUCGUUUCGUGAAGCUGGUGCGACUUCCGUUUCAGAUAUAAUCAGUGACUUUUUCUUUUAUUAUGAGAACUUUGAUUGGAAGAACGACAUGGUAUACGAGACAACAUUUUACACUGGCACGCCCAAAUACCAUCGAUUAUCUAGAGAACCCAUGGUGAUUCUCAGCAUUCAUCCGCCCAAAGUCAAUGUUGCUCAUGCGUCGACUGUGUCCUCGGUUCAUACGCUUGAACAGGAAUUCAAAAGAGCGGCUCAGUUGAUUUCCGAAGUAGGUGCCACUUGGAAAAAUAUUGCAGAUCCCUCCGGCGUUGUCCAGUUUUUGGAGGCCUAUUCUAGCUAUAUCAAGGUAGAUGUUCAUUACUGGGCAAAAGCUGCGGCAAAAGGACGGGCUCUCUUUGGUUGGUUGGAGUUUCGUUGUGUUUCCCUUCUUGUCAACAUAAAUCGAGGGUUCCCUGACAUUCACGCUCGGAUUUGGCCUGCUCGUUUCACCGAUAUGGAGGAGGAGGUAAUUGAAAGCAUGGAGGAAUACCAAGGUUGUUUGCUCAUUGGCCUGUCAAAGAGCGAGCAAACCUCAACAAGAUCCCCGAAUGAGCCAGAUCGUCGAUCCGCACAUAUUUUGCUUCUUUCCCUCCUCGAGAAAUUUGCUGAACAGAUUCGAGGCAAUGAAACAUAUUUCGAUAAAUCUUGUUCGUGGGUGGAUGUGUCACUCGCUAAAAGAAACGACCUUCAGAAUCUGCACCUCGACAAAUCAGACUGGUCACAUAACGCUGCAAACCAAGCUGAGGAUAUGGAUUCGGAUGACGAUUUCGAGCAAGAUUAUGGUGAUCUUUCGACCGUUCAGACUGCCGGAGAUAUUGAAUCAUCAGAACAAUGGUAUUCACCAGAAAGACCUUCACGACCUGCCCCAGCGGUACAAGUGGUCGCAGGGCCUAGACUCCGUCCAGCGGGUGAUAUACUUAACCGACUCCGAUGGGACGCAUCAUUCGAUUCGUCUGAGUAUGUGGUCGGAUACAUUGACCGCUUUGUUGGCGAAAAGGAGAUGCCUAUUGAUCGCUGGAAGUCUGAGCAAACCCACGAAGAGUUCAUUCCGAUGCACCGAGUCUCAUAUUUCAAGCGGAAAAGUGAUGGGGUGCGUGUCUGGGACCGGGAGAAGAGGAUUGAUCUUAUAUUCAAUACUGGUGUAAUAAACAGCAAUGUAUAG